ACUCCCUUUCUUUUCCAAAGGUAAAAAUGCAGCCUCCAGUGUUGACGAUUGCUGGCUCUGAUCCUAGCGGAGGAGCUGGGAUUCAGGUGAAUCCAGCCUCCAACCCUCGCAAUGUCAUGUCCCGAAAUUUGAUGAAUCCAAGGCAGAUUUGAAAACAUUUGCAGCUCAUGGAUGCUACGGGAUGAGUGUCCUGACCGCGCUCACUGCACAGAAUACGACUGGGGUUCAAGAAGUCUUUCCCAUCACGUCCAGCUUCGUUGAACAACAAGCUCAGUUCUCCCUGGGAUCCCUCAUUCCCCGUUCUCUUAUAUGAACUAUAUUAUAGAUCGACUCGGUCCUAGACGAUAUCGAAGUUCGCGCGAUCAAGACUGGGAUGCUUUACGAUUCCGAUACAAUCAGGGCUGUUGUACGUGCUUUGAAGAAGCAUUUUACUUCCACAGGGUUUCCCCCUCUCGUUUGCGACCCAGUUUGCGUUUCUACUUCCGGCCAUACUCUCUUACAUCCGGAUGCAGUCGAAACUCUUGUUUCGGAACUCUUCCCUUUGACUACUCUCAUAACUCCCAACAAAUCGGAGGCGGAAUUACUACUAUCUUAUUCCAAAAACGCGUCGGCUUACCCAGAGAUAAAGUCGUUGGAGAGCAUGGUUGGCGCUACUCAAGACCUUCUUUCUCUUGGUCCUCAAGCCGUCCUCAUUAAAGGCGGCCAUGUGGUUGUGAACAUCGCUGAUCUGGACAAGUUUUCAACUCAACACCCCGAUGUCCUUAUCGUACGAGAUGGGCUAUUUGACGAGAAUAUGGAAAUUCUGCAAGUUGGGAAGACACCCUCCAUAUCAGAACAAAUCAUAGUCGUCGACAUGUUACGGGAGCAUGAAGGGUCGAUCAGUAUAUUUGCACGGCCCCAUAUAGCAACGAAGAGCACACAUGGGACAGGAUGUACUCUCAGCGCUGCCAUUGCUUCAGAAUUAGCUCAAGCACAAUGCCUGGUUGAGGCCGUAAGGACUGCAACCGUGUACACUCACCGCGGUAUCGAGGGCGCUCCAGGGAUUGGACGGGGAAAUGGUCCAUUAAAUCAUCUUCAUCCACUCAAAAGAGUCCUUAUACCGUCGAAAUCUGCUUGUAAUCCUUACCCGUUUACCCGAUUACUGAUUGAGGAAUCUGCUACGAUCUGGAAGGAUUUCGUUCAACACAAGUUUGUCAAACUACUCGGUCAGGGCAUUCUCCCGAAGCAAUGUUUUACCUAUUUCAUCAAACAGGAUUAUCUUUACCUCAAAUACUAUGCUCGUGCUUACGGUCUGCUCGCUGCGAAGUCGACAUCUUUUCCAGAAAUAGCCUCUGCUACGCGAAUAAUCCUGGAUAUUCUGAAGGAGAGCGGAGCACACAGGACUUUCGCUGCUCAAUUCGGAAUCUCUCUCGAGGAUCUAGAGAACGCGGAAGAAGGCCUGGCCACCGCUGCUUACGGCGGGUAUCUACUCACGACGGGUUUGGAAGGUGACGCGACGAAGUUGCUCAUGGCGCAAUUAUCCUGUUUACUCGGUUAUGGUGAGGCUGGGCUUUGGUUGAAGAAGAAAGCGACGGAAGAAGGAUCUACGGUGGCACUCGAGGGAAACCCAUAUCGGCGAUGGAUUGAAAUUUAUUCUGGUGAAAGCUAUCAGAAAGCUGUUCGAAUCGGACUAGAGACUAUUGAGGCGCGAGCGGAGGGAGACCCUCCUUCGCCCGCUCGGUUCCAAGAAUGGAUUACAGUCUGGAAACGGUGUACUGAGUUUGAAAGAGGGUUUUGGGAUGCGGCUAUGCAGCUGGAAUGAUAAAAGUGGUGGUGCUAUUUCGAGUUAGCGCAGCUGCGUUAUCAAUGACGUGUCUGAGCACUGGAAUUACCCUGGAGAAAUGGUUCCGAACUGGAAGCUGAUACAGAAGUUCUCUCGCUCGUAAAGGAACGUAGACCUGACCGGUCCUUUCAGAUGAGCAUUUGCAUGUACGAAUAUUAAAGGACCUGUAAAUCCGAGUUUAAAAUUGACGUACCCUACUUGUGAUUGAG